UUUUCAUUUCACUCUUCCCUGGGACUCGGACCGUGAAGGAGGAAACGAAGCAGUCAGUCGCAAACGACAACAAAAAUCGAAUCGAAGAAGAAGAGAGAAGGAUUUGGAGAUUCCAGGAAGAAGAACAUUGAGAGGUCGGGAAGGAAAUUUGAUUAAAAUGCAAGCUAGGAUGGAGAAUUCUCUUCACUUUGAUUCUCCAAGCUUCAACAGCUACUCUAACAGCAGGCUUGCAGAGAUCGCAGCCAAAAUCACCGAAAAAUUCAUGGAGGAGUCCUCUCAAUCCAGAUAUGACGACGAGGAAUAUGAAGUAGAACAAGAACAACAACAACAAGAAGAAAAAGAGCUUGAAAAUCGUCCUCUUACGCCGUCGCAGAGCUUAAACGAUCAACCUCCUGCUCCAAAAGAGCAGAAACAAGAAGGGAACGAAGAUGGCGAUGGAUUUGAAUUCCCUGUCUUCGGCAGAUCAGAUCCCGAUUUAUCACCGAAACCUGCGGAUGAGAUCUUCUACAACGGCCAGAUUCGGCCGAUUUUCCCUAUUUUCGACCGGAAUCUUCUUUACGCCGACGGCCACCACCGCGAUUCUAACAAGACUCCGAAAAAUCGCUCGUCUCAUCGUCUCCCUCUUGGAAAACUCAUGAUCGAGGAGCGCAGCAACAACGAUGAUCCUCCGUCUUCUUCCUCAUCCGAAGCCGAUGAACUCGAAAAUAUCCCCGACGGAUCUUACUGCGUUUGGACUCCGAAACCUGUCGAAGCAUCUCUGGAGAAAUGUAAGAAGAGUAAUUCCACCGGAUUCUCAAAGAAAACCUGGAAGUUCAGAGAUCUCCUUUACCGGAGCAACAGUGACGGUAUGGAUACCUACGUUUUCCUCUCUCCUUCAAAGACAACAAUGAUGAAGAGAAAUGACAAAACUGAAAAAGCGUCCGCUGACAGGGUGGAGGUCGGCAAAUCUCAUCCGCAACACCACCACCACCAACACCAACAGCAACAACUCAAGGAAAAGAGCAACUCUGUUUCCGGCCAAGUUAAAGUCGCCGCUAAUAAGGGGAAAGUGAAGGCCAAGGUAGCUUCCGGCGAGGCAUUGUCGGCUCACGAGAGUCAUUACGUUCGUUACAGAGCUCUAAAGGAAGAAGAUCGUCGACGAUCAUAUCUUCCUUACAGACAAGAUCUGGUUGGUUUGUUCGCUAACGCGAAUGGUGGUGUGAGCAGCAGGCGUACUCUCCAUCCAUUUUAGAGUAUUAUGGUGUGUGUCUCUCUUUGUUCUUUCCAUUUUUUUGUAACCAAUUUACUAUUUUCAUAGGAGUUUGGGUGUGAAAACUCCGAUCAUUCAUCACUGAAUCACAAUUGUUCCUUCCAUUGGGAUC